AUGGGGUGCAGGUCCUGUGACAAGCCCAAGAUGAACUACAGGAAGGGGCUGUGGUCUCCUGAGGAGGACCAGAGGCUGAGGGACUACAUUGUCAAGCAUGGCCUUGGCUGCUGGAGUGCUGUCCCUGCAAAGGCUGGUCUGCAAAGAAAUGGCAAGAGCUGCCGGCUGCGUUGGAUCAAUUACUUGCGGCCAGGAUUGAAACGUGGAAUGUUCUCUCAGGAGGAGGAGGACAUUGUCAUCAACCUUCAGGCCAAGCUGGGCAACAAGUGGUCACAGAUUGCGAUGCAUCUGCCUGGGAGGACGGACAACGAGGUGAAGAACUACUGGAAUUCAUACCUGAAGAAGAGGGUGAUGCAGGCACAGGGCUCCAUCCCCAACAGCUUGGCAACUGAGGUCACCUCCAUGAGCACCACCGAGCCACCAUCGUUGCACCAUCAUCACCACCAUCAUCACACCAAGAACAGCAGCGGCAGCACGACGACCUCGCAUGACCAAGACGCCAACCUGAGCAGCGGCGGCAUCUCCAUCUCCGCUCCUGCACCGGCUGCCGAGGCGCCGUUCGAUCACCAGCAGCACAAGAGCUUCGUCUUCUCCGGCGACUGGAUGCCGACCGCCGCCGCCACGGCCGGGCCGGAGAGCUACUCCAUGUCGGCGCAGCACUGGCCGGCGUCCACGGCGAGUUCCGGCAACGUGACGCCGUCGCACGCCGGCGCUUUCGGCGACCAGAUGAGCGGCAGCUACGGCGCAUUGCAGCAUCAGCAACAGCAAGGCUCAGCUGCUGCCAUGGCCGGAGGUGGCUACUUUGACCUGCUAAACAUGGGAGACAUCUAUGGCGGAUUUGCUGCUACAAGUGAUGAUCUGCUCUUCUGA